AUGCCCAAAAGGUCGGCCAAAAAGACGCCCAAAACUAAUGGCAACCAAAAGGCAAAGAAAUGCCACAAAUUGUCUGAAAGCGAUGUCAACGGCAAUGAAGAGACAGACAAUGGUGUGAAUGGUUUGCGACGAUCGCAGAGGGCAUCGACAUCACAGAUAAACGCAUCCAAAAGCAAAUACUUUGACGGAUCAGAUGAAGAGGUGGUGGCAAACGAUGAGGACAUCGAAAGUGACACCGAAUUUAAGCCCAAAUCUCGGGCCAAACGAAAGAAGACGAGUCUUAAGCCAAUUGUCAAGAAAAGUGAAUCACAAGAACCGGAGGACAACAGUAGUUCAGAUGAUGGCGACGACUGGGAGGAAGUGAAGGACAAUGCGGUCGCAGAACUCGAUGACUACAACCCGGAGAUACCUUCAGAAGGGGUCGACAUUACUAUCAGUACAGGAGUUGCCGACAAGAAGAAGAAGGCGUUUGAUGUGAACAAUUGGAUCCGACAGCGAAUCAAUCAAUUUAAACGCGAAUUGCAGUCAAAUAAACACAAAAUACUUUGUUAUGCCUUAAAUCCGGUCGAUAUUAAAGCCGUUGAUCUUAUUCUGAGUGAAAAUCAGAGAAGAUCUCCAACAGAGAACAAACCAAAAGUGAUCCCAAAUGGAGACAAAGUUCCGAAGAAAUCAAAGUCAAAAAAGCCUAAAAUUGUGGUCAUCUCUGAUUCAGAUGAUGAAAGUGUUGACACUAAUGAAAGACUUGAUCUUUGGGUUGAAGUGUAUGUCGAGAGUGAAAAGAAAUGGAUUUGUUUGGAUUUGUCCCACGAUUUGGUUGAUAAACCGAUGGAAACGGCGUCCAAAUCAGUCCCUCAUCUCUCGUAUGUGAUUGCAUUGGAUUCCGACGGAUAUAUACGAGAAGUGACUCAAAGAUAUUGCGAUGACUGGAUGAGUGUUGCGAUGAAAAGGCGUCGAACAGAUCCAAACUGGUGGACACAAACGCUGACACCGUUUGAGAGGAAAAAUAAAAGCUCUGCUGAAAAAUCAGAGGACAUUGAGUUUGAAGAGAAGAUCUCUGCGACACCCCUUCCCACCAAAGUUGGCGACUAUAAGAAUCAUCCGCUUUAUGUACUUAAAAAGGAUUUAUUGAAAUUCCAGGGGAUAUACCCCUCGGAUGCACCCCCUCUCGGCUUUUUCAGGGGAGAGCCGGUCUAUGCGCGAGAGUGCGUCCACUUAUUGCGGUCCAGAGAGACGUGGCUUAGGUUUGUGCGGACGGUUAGAGCGGGUGAAAGUGCCUAUAAAUUAGUGAAAUCGCGGCCAAAAUGGGACAAAUACGCCAAAGUAUUGCGAAAGGAUUUGCCGCUCGAAGUGUUUGGCGAGUGGCAGACAGACCCAUACGUCCCUCCGGAGGCCAUGGAUGGCAAAGUUCCCCGCAAUAACUUCGGAAACGUUGACCUCUACCAGCCCUCUAUGUUACCCAAAGGCUGUGUUCACAUCCAAUUGCCCGGACUCUUACGCAUCGCAAAUAAGUUAAACAUAGACUGCGCGGCCGCUAUCACAGGCUUUGAUAACAACUGCGGGGGGUUAGGCGCCCACCCUGUUAUGGAUGGAUAUAUUGUGUGUCAAGAAUUUAAAGAAGUUCUGAUCGCGGCCUGGGAUGAGGAACAGGAGAUCGCGAGGAAGAGGGAAAAGGAGAAGAAAGAGAAACGCGUUAUUGAAAACUGGAAGAAAUUAGCCAAAGGUUUACUCAUAAGAGAAUCAGUGAAGAAGAAGUACAGCAACUGUGAAGAUGAUAGCGAAGGGACAGACAUGGAGACCGAUAAUUAA